CAGGCGAGGCGCGGCCGCGGAGCUGCGCCGCUGCGGGCCGCGGCCAUGCCCAAGCGGGGCUGCCCCUUCGCGGACGCGGCCCCGCUGCAGCUCAAGGUGCGUGUGGGCCGGAGGGAGCUGAGUCGCGGCGUGUGCGCCGAGCGCCUCACGCGGGAGAUCUUCGAAAAGACCACGCAGCUCCUCUUCCGCGGGGCCCAGGCCUGCAUGGACCCUGCGUGGGAGGAAGCCUGCGCCAUCGUCCAUACCCCGGAGUCCCCGAAGCCUGGCCCCACAGAAGCCCCUCGGGCCGCACGCGGGCAGAUGCUGAUCGGGCCCGACGGCCGACUGACCAGGAGUCGAGCCCAGGCCUCCGAAGCUGACCCAGCCAUGGCGGCAUCGGGAGCCUGCUCGUCGUGCGUGCGGGCUGUGGACGGGAAGGCGGCGUGCGGCCAGUGCGAGCGGGCCCUGUGCGGGCGCUGCGUGCGCGCCUGCUGCGGCUGUGGGGCAGUGGCCUGCGCCCUGUGUGCCCUCGUGGACCCCGCCUCCAGAUAAAGUCGAGGGACCAGGUGGGGUCGGCAGCUCCCGUGGAACUCAGCCCUAAUGCCAGCUCCUCUCCCCCAACCUCGCGGUGUCGCAGCUGCAGUGACCUCCACGAGAAAGUGCUGUGCGCCAGCUGCGCCAUGUUCGAGGCCUGAGGCCAGGAGAGGACGGCAGCCCUGCCUGGACGACCUCGCCGCCGUCCACGCUGAGGGACCGGGGGGAGGGGCGGGAAGGGACAGCCUUUCUAUUUUGUAUUUUGUUCUCCUGACCACAGAAGAGAAUAAACCCUUUAUAUUUGGACAA